AUGUCCGGAGCAGACUCUCUCGACGAGCUUUGGCAGCUACUGUUGUCUGGCAAAGUAAUGGCGCAGCAUGCGCCAGUCGAGAGGCUUGGGCUGCCUCAGACAGGCAAUCAUGCAGACACGAAAUGGUGGGGCAACUUCCUCAACAACCCUGACGCAUUCGACCAUAGUUUCUUCAAGAAGUCUUCUCGUGAAGCAAUUGCUUGGGACCCGCAGCAGCGGAUAUUACUCGAAGUGGUGUACGAAGCCUUGGAAUCAGCCGGGUACUUCUGCGCAGGAUCGAGCAAACAGCCUCAAGACUAUGGGAGCUACAUGGGCGCUGUGAUGAACAACUAUUACGACAAUGUCUCGUGCCACCCAGCUACAGCGUACGCGACCCUUGGAACAUCUCGCUGCUUCAUCAGCGGAUGCGUGAGCCAUUAUUUUGGGUGGACUGGACCCGCUUUGACAAUCGAUACUGCUUGCUCUUCGUCUUUGGUGGCCAUCAACACUGCAUGUCGGGCCAUAUGGUCUGGAGAAUGUUCUCGAGCUGUGGCUGGAGGGACCAACAUGAUCACCAGCCCAUUCGACUACCAGAACCUCCACGCAGCUGGGUUUCUUAGUCCAAGCGGCCAGUGCAAGCCAUUCGAUGCUGGUGCUGACGGUUACUGUCGUGGAGAAGGUGUGGGUGUCGUGGUGCUUAAGAGACUGGAGGACGCCCUCACUGAGAACGACAACAUCCUAGGUGUCAUCAUGGGCUCUGCAGCAAACCAAAACCACAAUCUCAGUCACAUUACCGUCCCGCACUCGGGCUCGCAAGUCGAUCUGUACCAGAAGGUGAUGGCCGCUGCAGGUGUAGACCCGCAAGCCGUGUCUUAUGUGGAGGCGCACGGGACCGGGACAGGUGUGGGCGACCCUGUUGAAUACCGCAGCAUUCGAGACGCAUUCGCUGGUCCUUCUCGAAAGGACCUCCUUCAUUUUGGGUCUAUCAAAGGAAACAUUGGCCACACGGAGGCGACUGCUGGCAUCGCGGGUCUCAUCAAAGUCCUUCUGAUGAUGCAGCAUGGAAGGAUACCGCAGCAGGCCAGUCAUUCCUCGAUGAAUCCGAAGAUCCAGACAAAUUCUUCAGAUCGCAUGGAUUUAUCGACGAGAACGAUUGAAUGGGCUGCUCCAAGUCGUAUCGCCAUGGUGAAUAGCUAUGGUGCUGCGGGCAGCAACUCGGCUGUUCUGAUCAGAGAGUAUCAAACGACACCACUCAGAACACGGGAGGCUCUGGCCAAAUACCCCAUCGUUAUUUCUGCAGGCUCAGUGAACAGUCUCAUAUCUUACACAAAGAAGCUUACGAGUACGCUGCGACACCUACAGUCAGACGGAACGACAGUCCAGCUGGGCGAUCUGGCAUUCAAUCUCGCUGAUCGAACAAAUCAUGCUCUGCCAUAUAUGUUGACAACAGAUAUCUCCGAUAUGACAGAGCUGGAAACAAAGAUUGGAGCAGCUUCUGAGAAAGACAUUACGAUGACUUCAAAGCCGAAGCCAGUCAUCUUGGUCUUCGGGGGCCAAGAGAGUGAUUUCGUUGGUCUUUCCGAGCCGAUCUUCAAAUCCUCUACUCUCUUCCGCCACCAUCUCGACGCGUGCGAUAUUGCUCUGCACGCGCUAGGUUACGAAGGGAUCUAUCCCGCGAUCUUCCAACGUACGAGCAUCUCAAGUUUGGUCGCUCUUCACUCGGCUCUUUUUGCUGUUCAAUAUGCUUCUGCGCGGGCUUGGAUGGACAGUGGGCUUGAAGUCGCCGCCGUCGUUGGUCACAGUUUCGGUCAGUUGACAGCGCUUUGCAUCUCUGGUGUUCUGUCGCUAGAAGAUGCACUUGUGUUGGUUACUACCAGGGCUUCCAUCAUGCUGAAACAUUGGGGUACCGAAUCCGGGGAGAUGAUGUUCCUACAAACCGAUCAAACCACCGUCUCCGAGCUUCUGCAUACGCUGAGAACCCGGAAUCUAGCUCACAGCUUGGAGAUCGCGUGCUACAACGGCCCAAGGAGUCACGUUGUAGUUGGUUCGCGCAACGACAUCGAAGAGCUGGACUCUUUGAUCGCCAACAACAUGCAGUUCAAGGCUUCUAUCCGAACCAAGAGACUGAAAGUCACGCAUGGCUUUCACUCUGAGUUUACUGAACCUCUUUUGCCGCAUCUUGACGAGCUUGCCCAAUCUCUUGAAUGGAAUACUCCGGCCAUUCAUCUCGAGACAUGCGAUGAAGGCCAGAGCAUCUCGCAUCCUGACCACACUCUACUGGCUCACCAUACAAGACGCCCAGUCUUCUUUCAGAACGCCGUCGAACGACUUGCACGGAAGUUUCCCCAGGCCGUCUGGCUGGAGGCAGGCCGUGGCUCUUCCGUCAGUCAGCUUGUUCAAGGCUGUAUUGUUGACAACCAGAACAGUAUCGUGCUGUCUCCUCAACUCACUUCAUCGAAUGCGCAAGAUUCAUUGACCAGCGUGACAACGAGUCUUUGGAAAGCUGGGUUUUCGAUACAGUAUUGGCCAUUCCAUCGAACACAGAGAAGUCAGUAUCAAUACUUGGCUUUGCCACCAUAUCAGUUCGAGAAAACUCAGCACUGGCUUCCAUUUACUGGACGCGGAGGUCAGAAGGAGAAAGUUACAGCACCCGUCGACAUACAGCCGACAACGCAUGAGCUACUGACAUUCCUUCACUUCACCGACGACAGUGAGAGCGAAGCUGUUUUCAACAUUGCGCCACAAAGCGAUCGCUUCAAAUCCAUGCUUGCAGGGCACGUCAUGGCGGGCCAGUCGCUCGCUCCAGCUUCGCUUUACUUUGAGGUCGUUGCCCGUGCUGCAUUGUUCCUUGCAGACGAUACAGAGAACGUCAUGUACAUCCCUACAACGGAAGACCUUACAAUGAAGUCACCGAUUGGCAUCAGCACCGAUGUUGAUAUCCGGCUCUGCUUGAAACGUCUCGACGUCUUGUACCCGUCGUGGUCGUUUUCCAUCACCACACAAGCGAAGAGCGUUCAGCGCAAUGAGCCCUUCGAGCAGUCGACUGGACGUGUGCAUCUUACUGCUCGGCAGGACAAGCAAGCGGCACAAGUGUUCAAACGCUUCGAGUCUCUGAUCGGCUUGCGUCGUUGCAAGGAGAUCCAAUCUCAUCCUGACGCAGAGAAGAUGUCGGGAAACCACAUCUAUCGUGCGUUUAACCACAUCGUGCACUACGGCGAGAACUUUCGUGGCAUCAAGGAAGUCUCAUGCGUUGGCUUCGAGGCCACUGGCAAGGUCAGGAUGUUUGUGGAUCCGGAGAGACCUGCCGAUGAGAGGUUGACGGACACACCCAUGACGGAUAGUUUCAUGCAGUUCGCUGGUUUCCUGGUCAACUAUUUCAACAACGCAAGCUUGGAAGAUGUGUUCGUCUGCCACAAGAUCGAACAUAUCGAGAUUGGCGAUGGUUUCAACCCGGAUGCAAAUGAGUGGAUUGUUUACUCAAACAUGACACAAGACGAUGAUGACGGCGCCUCGGCUGACGCAUACGUUUUCGACCCAAGCACGAAGAAGAUGGUCAUGGCGGCGUUUGGCUUCUGUUUUUCGAAGAUGUCGCAAUCACUUCUUGCUAGAAUGCUGAAGAGCGUCAACAAAAGCAGCACUUCGACAAAGGAGCCGGAAGUGACCGCGAUCAAAGACGACGUGACAGUAAAGCCAGCUGCACAAGCAGCUACUGCACUGGAAAGACAGUCUGCCAGCGAGCGAACGCGUGUGCUCAAGAUCCUUCACGACGUCACUGACGUAUCUCUUGAGCAACUUCAGGAUGACUCUGUGUCUCUCGAAGACCUUGGCGUUGACUCUCUCAUGGCCACUGAAAUCCUCAAUGACAUUCGUGUCGUACUAGGACUGACCAUUGAUUUGACAACGUUCCUGUUCUUUGCAAGCGUGAAAGAGUUUGUUGUCUACGUCGAUGCCAAACUGGGCAUCAGUGUAACCGACGAAGACACGCCCAGUACGAGCGACGGAGUACCUGUUUUGACUCCAGAGUCUCCUUCAAACGGGCCGGCAUUUCCAUCCGCAUCUACUCAGAUCGUUACGGUACCAGAAAGUCGACCGUCGAUAUCGUCGGCUUACGAAGCCUUUCGUGAAGUACGAGGCAAUUAUGACCAGCUCGCAGUUGGCACCAGGGCGACAGGAUUCUGGUCCAAUGUGUACCCCGAUCAGGCGAAGCUCGUCCUUGCCUAUGUUGUUAAUGCUUUCGCUCAACUCGAUUGCAACCUAACAACUAUGCGCCCAGGCUGCGCAGUCCCUGACGUACACGAUAAAGUCCUGCCCGCGCACAAACAGCUUGUACGACAGCUCUAUCGUAUCUUGGAGGAUGCGCGUCUGAUCUCUGUUACGGAGGGAAGAUACUAUCGAACGGGUAUCGCAAUCGACACCUCGCCUGCUGAGCUCCUGUAUCAAGCCAUUAUUCCUCGACAUCCCGAGAGCGCAAAUGUUCACAAGCUCGUCAAAGUCAUUGGUACUAAGCUUGCUUCCUGCCUCGUAGGCGAAACGAACGGUCUGCAGCUCAUCUUCGGAGACCGAGAGAAUAAGCAUACCUUGGAGGAUAUGUAUGCAAACUGGCCCCUGCUUCGGACGCCCACACUUCUCCUCGGAGACUUCUUGCUCAAAGCGUUCACCAGUGCAACCGGGAGUGGCAAGUUCAAGAUCCUGGAAGUUGGGGCGGGUACCGGCGGAACGACGAAAUAUCUAAUCAGUCAUCUCCAAGCCCACAACAUUGCAUUUGAAUACACCUUCACCGACAUUUCCAGCUCUCUCGUGAGUGCCGCGAGGAAGACGUUCAAGGGCGUCGAAGGCAUGAUAUUUGAGGUCAUGGAUAUUGAGAAACCCCCACUUGAAGCUCAGCAAGGCGAGUACCACGCCAUCAUCGCGACGAACUGCAUUCAUGCGACUCGAAAGCUGGACAUUUCUCUCAAGCAUUUGCACCAGAUGCUGAGAGAAGAUGGUGCUCUCACCCUUGUCGAAAUCACCAAAAACAUGUUCUGGUUGGAUAUUGUCGUCGGUCUAUUCGAGGGCUGGUGGUUGUUCGAAGACGGUCGUACCCACGCUUUGAUCGACGAGCUGCGAUGGCAGGGCCUGAUGAAAGAGGCUGGAUUCCAGAGUGUUCUUUGGUCUGAUGGAAGUACACUCGAGGCAGCGACAGUACGACUCAUCGGCGCCUUUCCUCAAGCUCCAGUUGUGAAAUCCAUCAACGGCAGAGCAGAGACGAAGACGUCGGGGAAGGCAGUGUUGGAGACGGUCGUGUAUAAGACGAUCGGCAACCAGGAGAUACACGCCGACGUGUAUUGUCCCGUCCAUCCACCAGCAAAGAAGCUGCCCGUCGCUUUGAUGAUCCAUGGAGGCAGUCAUAUCAUCUUCUCGAGGAAGGAUAUUCGUCCGCCACAAACGAGACUUCUCCUCGAAAAGGGCUUCCUCCCCGUCAGCCUCGACCAUCGCUUGUGUCCCGAAGUCAAGCUCGUGGAGGGUCCAAUGGUGGAUGUGUGUGAUGCGUUGGACUGGGCGCGCAACAUUUUGCCGCACAUGAAGCUCAAUUGCGCGCCCGGUUUGCAAAUCGAUGGUGAGCGAGUCGUAGUCGUGGGAUGGUCGUCUGGAGGGCAGCUGGCCAUGUCGUUGGCGUGGACGGCGCCUCAGAGGGGACUGCGUCCCCCGGAAGCGAUACUGGCAUUCUAUUGCCCAACAGACUAUGAGGAUGAGUGUAAGUUCGCUAAAGCUUGUUGUGGCUAG